AUGGCAUCUCUAACAGGAGUGAAUCCUAGCAUAUCAUAUAACCCAGACCAUCUAAACUCAAUCUGUCCUGAAAUACUAAUCUCAAAUCAAAAAUCAAUCGAAUUCAUCAAAUCAAUGACUUCAACAAUCUCAGGUUCAUUAUGUGGUAUCUUAGGUUUAACAAAUCACCUUGGUUUUCUCUUCUACCUACUCACUUCUUUCAUAGUUUCUUCUUUAAUUUGGUUUUCAACUUUCAUCAAAUCAAAAUCUUCUACAUCUUCAAACCAAUCAUUAACUUACUUUAAAUCAUCUUAUACUCUUUGGACAAGUUCUUUAAUUGAUAACUUAUUUACUUUUAUCCUUUGGUGGACAUUAUUCUAUGGUCUAAUACACAGUUGA